AUGGGAGGAUUUCACUGCCUCAUCUGUAAAAAGAACAUGAAGACGAGCUACCUUUCUGUCCAGAGGACAAAACAGAACUACAGCUCAAUCGUCUCCGAGCUUGAGGAAAACGGGCUCGCUCUGCCAACAGACGCUUGGCUGAAGGCUCGACCCCAAAUUUGCGCCGCACACGCACCUAAAACACAGCAAAAAAUAGCAGAGAAGAAAAUGAAAUGCGUGAUGCCGGCCGACAUGAUAGUCGGGGAAGAAAUCGUGAUUGAGUCUGAAGAUGUCGGCACCUGGCCACCGGGAGAUGUCGACGUGGUUGAGAUUAUGGAUGCCGAGGAUGCGGCUGAAGAAGACGGAGAUUCGGAAAUGGACACUCCCGAAGUGGAGAGCAUGUCCAGCGGAGGACCGUCUGAAAAGAAAAAACGGCGAAAGAUCGUGGGCAUCGGCAGCCUCUUCCUGGUCACAUUUGAGCAAAUCGACCGUUUCGUGAAAAGAUGCCGAUGCGGCAAAAAUCGCAAGGUCGACUUCACGUGCCUAGGUGCGACUCUACGAGCCAAAAUGCGAUGUCGUCAUUGUGGUCGACGAGAGAAAUGGUCCAACGGGCACCGAUUUACCGACCAUCCAAAAGAAAAAGCUCAAAAUAUCGACUGGAUGGUGCCAGCCUCAAUGUACUUGAGCGGCGUGCCCUAUCAACGGCUUCUUGACGCCGCAGACGCCAUACAUCUACAUUUGCCUUCUAAAAAAACAUACAGCCGCGUCUUGAACGAGGUCGUGUUGGAAGCGGUCGACCACGAUGGUCUGAGAAUCGCGACCGACGGCUCCUACGACAGCGUGGGUUACUGCGCAAUGCUAUGCAGAUUGCCAAUUCUCUGCUUGAGGACGCAAUUGAUCAUCUCUGUUGUCCAAAAGGAGCGCUAUAGAGAUGGCAAGGGCAAUAGCGGAGCUCUGGAGUUGCUCGCCACAAAGGAGGCCAUUGAGAAGACGCCAAAAAUGCUCGGAAUACCCAUAAAAACGCUGACGACCGAUAGAUCUUCACCUAUAAAGAAGCACCUGGCUGACCACCACGGACCAGGAUCGCCCCAACCUAUCAUCCAUCUACUGGAUAGCUGGCACAUCACCAAGGAAUUCAACAAGAAGCUGCGAGUGGGCGCCAAAUUGAAGCGGAACGGGUACCUGGAACUCUGGCGGCACUCAGUUGUAUCUUUCACUUGGGGGAUAAUCUUCGGCUCCGACGGCGAUUCCGAACUGAUUGAAGAAAAGUUGAUGUCGAUCCUUCAACACGUAUGCGGAAUCCAUGACUUCUCUGGAAAUCCAAAUUUCAAGAAGUUCAAAUCUUGCCAGCACGGUCCCGACAUCGAUCAUCGCCCGCCAUUAGACCCGAAUUCGGCAGCGUUUCACUUCCUCGAAAGCCUCUUCACUCGUGAGCUCAUAGCCGCAUAUCAGCAAGCCGAUUAUUUGGGAAGCACGGCAGCCAUUGAGAGCUUCAACAGCGCCCUAUUGAAGCACUGUCCUAAAAGGAUUUGGCUCGGCCCCGAACAGCACCAAGCGCGGCUAAAACUCGCGAUAUUGGAGUGGAAUACGCGAAAGUUCCUAGAAAUCGAAGGCGUUCGUUGGAUUUCCGCCUAUGUGGAAAAAAACUGGAAAACCGACCGGACUCGCGAAAACCAAUGGCGCAUUGAUACGCUCUACCAAGCCAGAGAAAUUCGCUACGCGUACCUUGAUUCUAAAGAGGAAAUUCGCACUCCGCGCAUCGAUUUCCUGACCGAUGAUGCCGGCGAUUUUCGAGUUUCAAACGGCAUCGAUGACUUGUUGCUGGACGACGACGCUGCUCAACUGGAAAUUGAUGAACAAGAGAGCGAAACUCAA